CAGCCCAUCACAAUCCAUCAAAUGGCGCUAAAGCUCCCAACUAUCAUUUUCACCAUCAUCCUCUCUCUCACCCCAUCUCUCUCCAACCCAGACAUCUUCUCCUGGUGCGACAAAACUCCUUUCCCAGAAACCUGCAAGUAUUUCUCCUCCCACAAUUCCGGCGGCCAUUACCACAUCCCAAAAACCAAAUCCGAGGUCCGUAAAAUUGCCGUACAAUUGGCCCUGGAACGGGCCGCCGGGGCAUUCGCCGCCGUCAAGCCCCUCGGCGCCAAGUGCCGGAGCCGCCGCGAAAAGGCCGCCUGGGCCGACUGCCUGAAUCUCUUCGACGCCACGGUCGAGCAGCUGAACCGGACGGCCUACCCGGACCGGAAAUGCACCGACUCGGACGCCCAGACGUGGCUCAGCGCUGCCCUGACCAACCUAGAGACCUGCCGGACCGGGUUCGCCGAGCUCGGCGUUCCCAACGUCGUCACUCCGGCGAUUUCCCACAACGUGUCCGAAUUGAUCUGCAAUUCGCUGUCCCUCGGUGGCAGCGACACCGGCCACGAGAGCUCCGAUUAUUAUAACUCCGACGGGUUUCCGGCGUGGUUUUCUUCCGGCGAUCGUAGGCUGCUGCAGACGUCGUCGUCGGGUGCCCUCACGCCCAACGCCGUAGUGGCACAGGACGGUUCUGGGAACUUCCGGCGGAUAAAAGACGCUCUCGACGCGGCGGCGCGGAGGAGCGGCGACGGCAGGUUUGUUAUACGUGUCAGGAGAGGAGUUUAUAGGGAGAAUUUGGAAAUUGGGAAGGGAUUGAAGAAUGUUAUGCUCGUCGGCGAUGGAAUGAGGUAUACGUUUAUCACCGGAAGCCGCAGCGUCGGCGGCGGCUCCACCACGUUCAAUUCCGCCACCGUGGCGGUUACCGGCGAGGGAUUCAUCGCCACGGGCAUAACCUUCCGCAACACCGCCGGUCCACAGAACCACCAGGCGGUGGCGCUCCGGUCGAGCGCCGACCUCUCGGUCUUCUACCGUUGCGGCUUCGAGGGGUACCAGGACACGCUCUACGUCCACUCCCAGCGCCAGUUCUACAAGGACUGCUACAUCUACGGCACCGUCGACUUCAUCUUCGGCAACGCCGCCGCCGUCCUCCAGAACUGCCUCAUCUACGGCCGCCGGCCGAUGGACAAGCAGAAAAUCACCGUCACGGCUCAAGGCCGGACCGACCCCAACCAGAACACGGGAAUCUCGAUCCACAACUCCCGGUUCAUGGCGGCCCCCGAUCUGGCUCCGGUUCUCCGGUCCUUCCCGGCCUACCUCGGCCGGCCGUGGAAGGAGUAUUCCAGGACGGUUUUUAUGCAGUCGUAUUUAGACUCGCUGGUUGACCCGGCCGGCUGGCUCGAGUGGGACGGGAAUUUCGCGCUCAACACGCUGUACUACGGGGAGUACAGAAAUAUGGGUCCGGGUUCGGGCACGGGUCGGAGGGUCCGAUGGGGAGGAUACCGGGUUAUAACAAACCCAGCUGAGGCAAGGAGGUUUACCGUUGAGAAUUUCAUCGCCGGACGGUCAUGGCUGCCGGCGGCCGGCGUGCCGUUCACGGCAGGGCUUUGAGUGUAAUAUUGAAUAUUGAUUGAUUUGAUUCGUUAAAUAUAUUUAUAUAUCAAUUUUUUCAGGUGAUUGAUGUAAAAAAUGAUCAAAAUUAUUAAAUUAAUUUGCUCCUAUGAGUAAAAAGACACUCUUUUAGUUUU